AUGUUACGUGAGAGGCGCGCGCUUUACGACCGCAUCGAGAGCUUCAACAAAGUGGACGUCGCCAUGGAAGCGGGCGGUGCGUCCGUCGUGCUGAUGGAAAAAGACAAGGAGGCUAUUCUGAAUGAGAGCAUCGAGUACACCCCCGCCGCACUGGAUUUCGCAUGCCUGUACGUGUUUGCGGGUGACCUAAUCUUCGUGUUGGCAAAACACGGCGGCGACCGCAAAGAGACGACACGAAUUGUCACAUCGUCGGAGCAGGGCAGUUUGUGGCUUUCGGACUGCACGAAACAGACCAUGGACCCGAACGCGGAGAUCGCGGACAUGUUGAACAAGGAUCUCGUUGUUUUCCCGAUGUGGGCGAACGUCCUCGUUAUCCUGCAGCCUAAUCAGCUGCAAUACGAGAGGGACGAGCCGUCCAACACGCGCAUUAUCCACAUCGACCCGUGUUACGGCCCGGACCCGCAACGAGAGCAGGCCACAAAAGUAAUCGAUUGGUUCAAGAGCCGCGUUGAGAAAUUCGAAGACACCGACGACGAGCCCAGCCUUGUAUUUGCGCGUGAGCGCGUGCAAAAGCUGAAGCGCGAGACCAUGGACCUGAGCGCAUUGGACAGGGUGAAGGCAGUUUUCGGAUUACAAGCUGUAUACGGAUUUUCGCGCAUCCUUUCGGAAUUCGAGGCUAUUGUGAAAUCUCCAGGCGAAGCUGUCCGUGCAGCGUCCGUAAAGGCUUUAAAGCCUUUGCACGAUAAGAUUUUGAGGCAUGCCCAGGACAUCGCCAUUGACACGCGGUACAACGAAGCAGUCGGAACCCGCAGCCACGGUGGUGCAGCGGAGGUUGCACAGAAGCGAGCGGGAGUUCAGGGUGCCGUCGCGGACACGAGCAAAGGCGAGGGUGAGGUCGCGAAAAAGGGCGAGGGCGCGAAGGAGGGCGAUGGCGCGAAUGUGUGCGAGGGCGCGAAAAAGGGCGAGGGCGCGAACAAGGGCGAGGGCAUAGGCGAGGCCGAGGGUGAGGAGGAGGGCAAGUAUUAUGGCGCGGCCAAGGGCGAGGGCGAGGAGGAAAGCGAGGACGAGGGCGAAGGCGAGGGCGAAGGUGAGGGCGAGGGUUGGUAUGGGGAGGAGGGCGAAAACGAGGGCGAAUACGAGGAGGAUGACGAAGAGGAGUGGGAGGGCGAGGGGGGUGGGUACGGGGAGGGCCACGGUGGUGGGUAUGGGGAGGGUGAGGGCGGUAGGGACGGUGAGCGCGAGGGGGAGGGCGAAGGCGAGGACGGAGAGGAGGCCGAGGGAGCUGAUCGUGGUGAACGCCACAGGAUUGCGGGAGGCAGCACGAAAAUUGGGGCACCGGUUCACGAUCCUCGUCAGGCUCCACAGUUUCGCGCCGCUGGGAAGCGCGGAUUCGAGGGGCAGACACGGCUUGCGCGCCGGUCAGAGCGUGCGAUCGCGCAAAGGCGGACCGUGGACGAGUUGUCAUCGUGGCCUGCACUUACACUCGCUCACGAAGUAGUUCGUCUGGACUUCGCGCUCGAGAAUUCGAGGCAGGACCUAGCUGAUGCGCGACACGACAACUUCGUGCAGCGCAAGAAAAUCCGCGAACUUCUGACGAGGAUGGGGGAGCAUCGCGCCGCGUUGUCUCGUGUGACUGACAGGUCUGCCUCUUAG